UGGACGGAGGGCUCUGCGAUCCGCGUGCCCAGCGCUUUGCGAGCGGCGCUGAUCCGUGUGGUCGUGGAUGAGGCGAGGCAGCAGCUUGCGGAGGUUUUCUCGACGCUGCCGAUGGACGUGGCGACCUUCUACGAGUGCGUGCCGGCGCAGAUAUUUCUGGCGCCGCGCUUGCUGCGGGAUCGCUUCUGCAGGAUGUCCCAGCCAAUCGAGGCGACGCACUCGGUGGUGGCCAGUGCCGGGCACGGGCCACUCCAGUUCGGCGACGGUGCGCGCAGUCCCCCCCCGAGCGGGCCAUGGAGCUGCAUUGACGACGCCGUCGUGCGCGUGGAGGGCUCCAGAGCAGCAGUGGUCGCCUUCCGCCCGAAGGUCGCAUUGGUCUUGAAGGAGGAGAUGGACGAGCAGGAGCUGAUCUGCCCAACGAAGUCCGAGGUGCUGGCCUCGGACGCAGCCUCCGGCGCUGAG